AUGGAGGUUCGACUAAACUCCCCUGUGGUUACUGGGGUGUCGCCAAAAGACGGGAUCCCAGGCACUCAGGUCACCAUCCGAGGCGAGAAUUUGGGAAAUGGCCCUUCCGAUCUUGUCGCACUCAUUAUAUGUGGAACUGAUUGUCUGUUGACAGCCAAAUGGAAAAGUCCGUCUAAAAUCGUAGCUCGAGUAGGGCAAGCCAAAAGAGGACUAGGCGAUAUUAUUCUGGUUACCAGAAGUGGUGGAAGAGGGGUUUCCAACGUUCAGUUUCGGGUGUUUUUCGAGCAAAUUGGUCCUUUGGUUGAGAGCUCAGUUUGGGUGGAUGAGACAAGGACACUUCCAGUUAGAAACACGGUCAGGAAUGUGAAUGAAAGCCAUCCCAGCAAAGAUAUCCUUGGAAUAUCUACGUAAGUAUCACUUUUGGUUACUAUUUCUUGCUUUUAGGCGAGAAGUUACAGAUGCAACGAUUCUGCAAAAAGCGUUUCCCGAUUCGUCCGGAAAUCUUCGUAUGAACAAUUUUAAUCCCGCAUGGUAUAUGUUAGAAAAUUAUAAAUCUUCCAGGUACGGCUUUGUAGACUUUAAAUAGCCUAGAUUUUUAUAGAUUGCCGGAGAUAGUUGUGGGUAUCUCAAAUUUGAAGAAAGAGAUUACGAAGGAGAAGGAAUCUUCUAAAGAUGUUCAUAAAAGCAACCUAUAUUCCCUUAUUCACUGUGUGGAUGCUCUGGAUUCUCUUCAUAAGACGAUCGAGAGUGAUUGCGAAGCUCACGGGUGGCCUUUAACGACAGCUGUAGCCGAGAGGGUAAAUUUAUUGCAAUGUUCAUGAAUUGCGGCUUUUGUCACGUUAAUUGCUUAAAAAAGAUACGCCAGAAUUUGAAUCGGCGGUGGCAGUAGAAUUUUUCUAAGCCAUUUUUUGAGUUGAAAUAAUAUUGCGAGUAGGGUUGUUAAGUCGUCAACUUGACGCGUCAGUGACGUUGUAGAUUGCCGUGAUUUUCUUCAUGUCAAAUUGCUGUGUCAUUUUGAUUGUCAGAUUGAACUUUUUUUGGAAAAUUUUUUUAAUUUUGGCUAAGAAGUUGUAAGAAUUUUAAAAAUUUCGGAACUAGAUUGCUCCUUCUGGUCAAAACGAUGAAAUGAGCAAUAUAACUAGUUACCACUAAUAUUAACGGUAUUCAUCAUAGUCUAUGUUAAACUCGCGUGUGAAAGCUUUGUAUAACAAAAUUCCCAAUUCUGCCAAAAUGACGGUAAUUUGACACAACUUGACGUCAUUUUGAAAUGUCAAAUUAACAACCCUAAUCCGUAAAACAAUUUUGAAAAAAUGUCAUGGUGACGAAUUUAUGACAAAUUUACAAAAGUAUGGACAUUGUAAACCGUUUUUCUCAUGAUGACUCACUGUAUUAUUUCUACUCAAAAGAUGCCGUAGUAAAAUUCUACCGCGCACCGUCGCUGCCGGCUGGUUCAACUUCUCGCGAAGUGUCUAUUAAUUUUUAGAUUGGCGCAGCGCGAGAAACGUCUGAUAAGUUGUUUUCGGAUGUCCUUAGUCGGAAAGAUAAGGCUGAUGCCACAAGAAAUGCCCUCUCCGUUCUGACAAGAUUCAGAUUCAUCUUUUUCUUGGUGGAGAGUAUCGAGGAGAAUAUGAAUGCUGUAGGUGUAUUUCAGCUUGUAAUAAGUUGAAUUGAGCUUACAGGGUGAUUAUGCGGCCAUUUUGAGCGACUAUUCGAGAGCAAAGUCGCUGUUCAAGGGCACUGAGAUAACGCUCUUUAAGGAAGGUAUGUCUGUUUGUAAUGGUGGUACAAGUGUAAAUAGUUUUUAAAUAUUGGUCUAUAAUUUAGUUAUGGAACGAUUAAACCAGCAGAUUAUCAAGUUUAAAGAAACCUUGCAACAGCGUCUAAUAGGAAUCCCAACAUCCUUGGAGGAGCAGAGCAAGUUGAUUAAAUACUUAAUGAUUCUGGAUCCGGACUCAAACCCUGGCUGGAAUUGUGUGACCACCUAUCAUUGUUGGCUGGAAGAUCAGUUGUGGGAUUUACAGACUAAAUAUACGAUUAUGGCUGAUGCGAAAUUGUACGAAAACACGGGUACGCUCUCUUUUAUAAUAAGUAAAAUCAAUGUUUUAGGUAAUGAUAAACGAAGCUACACGAACUCGUUCGUGGCCGAACUAUUGAAUCUUCUAUGCGACAAAUUGAUGUCUUUCAUGAAAUUGGCUUCCAUUUACUCGAAUUCGAAUAAAGAAAUCAACAACAUUGAUGGUGUAAAGGUACGUCGUGUAUGACAAUAUAUGUAUAUUAACAAGGGAAGUACUCCGAUUCCGACGCUCAGAUUUUGAUGAAGUUUAUCACAAAUUGAGAAAAAUUGUUUAAAAGGCAUGCGAGACUUCUAAGCUCGCGCUUUGCAGAAACCACUGAGAUUUUUUGAUCGAAAUUUUGAAAAAAUGGGACUCUUUUUAGCGAAGUUUGGGAUGAAAAGUUAUGAAAAAAGUUUCAGAAAGGUGCCCAAGGAGAAAUCCAAUUGGUGUUUAAAGUAACAAGCAUUCCUCUAAUACAGGGUGUUUCAAGAAGUAUGACAGAAACUAAUUGCGAAUAUCUUUGAGCUCUUGGGAGUUAUCGCAGAAAUUCUUUUUGUUUCUAAAACUUGAUAUCGGGCGGUUUUGUACUGAGCAAAAAAAAAUUUUUUUUGUCGGCGGAGGGGCCAGUUCUCGGCGGAGACAUUUGGGGCCUUUUUUAAAAAUCACACCUUAUUGCAUGGUGGAAACUCUGUUACAGUGGCCAAAUUCAUGUUUACGUUAAACCUCCGUGGAUUUUGCGGUAUGCUUUUUUUGCGUUUUCGAUUUUACGCAACAUCCGCGGAGGCGCGGCGGAGACCUCAGAUUUCGGCGGACUUUGUUUUGGGCCCUCGGUUUUUGCAAAUCCAUGUUGGAAAAAAGGUUGAGGCGAUUUUUUGUUGUCAUCCGAUGCACACAGGGCAAAAAUUUUGUACUUUUUUAUCCCGGCGGAGGAUUCGGCGGAGGCUUUAUCAAAGGGUCAAAACAAAAUUUUGACUCUUUUGAUAAAGCCUCCGCCGAAUCCUCCGCCGAUGUGUCCGCAGGAUCAAAAAAUAAGAAAAAUGGUGUUGCUGUGAUGGAUUCUUGUAGCUGAGUUUUUUCCCGGACUCCUAAGACUGUUCUGACCCUUUGGUAAAGCCUCCGCCGAAUCCUCCGCCGGGGAAAAAAAGUGCGAAAUUUUUGCAUCUGUGCAUCGGGUGACAACAAAAAAUCACCCCACACUUUUUUCCAACCUGAAUUGAAUGAUCCAAAGGCUCAAAACGACGUCCGCCGAAACCUGAGGUCUCCGCCGUGCCUCCGCGGAUGAGCGAAAAUCGAAAACGAAAAAAAGCAUACCGUAAAAUCCACGGAGGUUUAACGUAAACAUGAUUUUGGCCAUUGUAACAGAGUUUCCACCAUGUAAUAUGGUGUGAUUUUUAAAAAAGUCCCCAAACGCCUCCGCCGAGAACUGGCCUCUCCGCCGACGAAAAAAAUUUUUUUUUGUUCAGUACAAAACCGCCCGAUAUCAAGUUUUAGAAACAAAAAGAAUUUCUGCGAUAACUAGCAAGAGCUCAAAGAUAUUCGCAAUUAGUUUCUGUCAAAUUUCUUGAAACACCCUGUAUACUAGAAAAAUAGAUGUAUAGAAGAUGUACUUGUUUUUGCUUUAAUAAUCACCGAUAUAAUGUGCAAUAUUAUCAUAUUUUCUAUCCAGAGUGCUUGUCUAUCGCGUGAAUUACUCGGGAGUAAGAGAAAAAGACGUUUAAGAGUAAUAUCCCAAACUUUCUCAUCAAAUUUGCUGCUAAACAUUGAGGUAUACACGAAAAGGUUAUCAUUUACGGACAGUGAGAAGUCGUUGCGGACAACAAAAAAUAAUUCCAUAUUUAAAUUCUAGCAAAUGGCGUCUAACACUAUUAAUCUCGGGUCUUGGCUGGUUCUGAAUGCCAUUGCGCCCGAAGCGAUCCCUCAACGAGUCAAAGACGAUUACGGAAAUAAGUUCGCAACUUUCUCGGAGACACUGGUUGACGGGUACGGACAGGUCGAACUCUUGAUACAAGCGAUAAAAGCCCUGAGGUAUGUCAUAUUUUUGUUGUUGUUUUUUUUAUUAUAGGAAUGCGCUCAAAACUUUAUUGGACUCCCAGUUUGACAGGACCCAAGUUCAUCCUUUGGUAGAGCUCUCAAAAACCUUAAAAAUCAAGGGAAUCGAAAUAUUAACAACAACUGUAAUAAACGGUGGGUAUCUAACAUUGAGAUUCGUCGACUCUUACACCUUGUUUUUUAGGUAUUAUGGGUUUAUCAUCAAAAGAAAACUGGAAGAUUGACUAUGCAGCGCAAAACUUUAAAACAUUACUUCCCGAUCUCUAUGAGGCCAAGGUAACCUUGGCUUGUUGUUUUUAUUGGCUUUAGAUUAACGAGAUGUUGGAUUCCACGAAUUCCCUUUUGACUCCUGGAGGGGUUUUUGAAGAUGAUUUAUUUGUAAAUGAUGCAAUUCGGCAGAUGAUUGUGGAUAGAUACAUGCUGGUGGUUGGCUCCAUUAAAGACUGCCUAGAGCAAUUAUUGGCUAUAAAGUUGAGAAAACGACCUCAUCGAUUGUAUUUGGUGAAUGAAUCUGAUAGUGGGUCAAUCAACAGUGCAGUGGAAGGUAGGGUUUUUCUGAUAAAAUUGUUCUAAAAUUAUUACACUUGUAGAUCGGAGUAAGCCUGCGAGUGAAGUUAAUGGUCGCCGUCUUCUAACGGCUAUCUCAAAUCUUGAUUACAUUUUGCAGACCUCUUUGCCGCAUAUUUGUAGAAAGUUAGCGGACAACGGGAUGAAGUAUAGCGAUCUUAUUCUGGAGGUGGGUGACCAUACGUGUGCGGUUAAUGGUUUUUACAGAAGACCAAAGGGGAACUGACAGUACUCCGUGCUGAGUUGGUCUCCAAAUAUUUGGAACUGAAAACUGGACCCUUGCUUUCACUAGUUGACUGUAUUUCAUACGAUCAUCUCCCAGAAGAAGACGGUUGGUUGUUGAGUAAAAUUUAAUUUUUCUUGCAGAUGUCUCCUCCUAUAUCAAGGAACUUGUUAUGGGCAUGAUCUUUGUUAAGGCCGAGUUGAAUCUUGUUAUUCCCGUUAUGUCUGCAAAAGUAUGUUGUAUGUCUAUUUCUUGAGUUGCCUUAGGUUAUUCAAUCGGCUGUUAGGAUUGUGACAAAACAAUUGGUAAAAGUCCUGAAGACUGUGAUCACUCGCAGUGAUGAGCAUGCCACCCAAAUCGUUAUAGAUGCCACAGCAAUUGAAGAGGCGUUUGAUUCUUAUAUUGAUGACGAUUUAAGGUAUGGCGGUAGGUGCGGAUGGUUAAUUAAGUUUUUAGAAAGGACUUAAACGAUGUCAGAGCACCUCAUAAAAUUGUAUUGGAUAAAGAGUGAGUGUUUGCUUGUUUGAAUGAACACUCAUACUUUUAGACUGUUUGAGGAAAGUCUGAGCAACUUCAAGAAUGCCAUGUUUCUGGCAAUUGGCAGUAUCUCGGGAAAUGAUAACAUUUCAGAUGUCUAA